AUGCUCUCAUCAAUUGACCUUUACCAUUCACCGACUGCUGCAUCAUCGCGGCUUGCAGCACGUUCACCUCCUUCAGCAUCCUCAAUGAAAGUCGCGCUUCCGUCGCCUAGGCCAUCAUCCUCAAAGAUCGUACUUGCCGCUCCUACUCGGUCAACUUCUCAGGUCCGGCACUCUGCAUCUCCCUCGCCUGAUUCAAAGACCGAAGUGGACUCUGCAAGCUCACGAGGAAAAGGAAAGCGUUUGAGAAGAGCACAGGCAUGUGACAUAUGUCGUAAGUCUUGUCCUCCUUUGGCUUGCUUUGAUUUGUAUGUCUUUACCAACCUUUGUCUAUUUUGCACCGUGUCGCUAUCUGUAGGUGGUAAUCAUCGAAAAUGUAACGGACCAAUGCCUGGGUCGACCUCAUGUGGACGAUGCAUUACACAACACAAGAUCUGUACAUGGAACUUCAGCAAAGAACGAUGCACUCGUCAACGAUGCACUUGCGUUUCUUGCAAGACUAUCGGGAUGCAUAUCAAGCAAUCUAAGUCAGCAAAAGGGGCAGUUUGUAAAGGUACAAGCCCCAGUGCGUCUUUUUCAUCCUGUUGCGGGUCGAGCGAGACAUGUUCUCCUCCCAACACACCUUCUGAUGGAUCACAUCAGUUACGACUGCCUUUAGUGGAGUACGGACAAACAAUCGCACAGAAUGCAAGAGUAGCAUUCACAUCCAAUCCCUCUCUCCAGUGGGAGCAAGCACUGGCUCGAAAGCAAAAACCACUUAUGCCAUUGAGCCAAGAAUUGCCCCAUUUUCACUUUCACUCGGAAUGCAUAGCACUGGCCAACAAAUACAACUUGCUCAUUUAUACGCUCCCUCUAACACCGUGGGAUGAAAGCAGACCAAGUGAAGCGACCAUCCCUUCGCAAAGAGGCUUGUCGUGUACCAUUCCAAGCUGGAUACAACCUGCACCGAGUAGGAAAGAAGCAGCCGAUAUUUUACGCGCUUUGCUUGAGGCUGGCAGUGAUGUUGAAAGCGAUGUAGGGUUCGGGGUGGCUAGUUGGACUGCUGUGCCUGCUGUUCUCUCUGGGUCGUACGCCAGUGAUGGUGGGGGUGAAUUAUGGGAUGAUGAAGAGAUGGCACAACGAGUGCGAGCUUCGCGUAGCUCUGCAGAUGACGAUUCGGAUAGGGAUAGCGUUGGCGAGUCCGUGCUAGCUCAGAAGGGCAUGCCUAUCGACAUGGACGUGGAAGAGAAUGCUUCCUUGGAGCGGGAGCCUGAAUCCUCCAGCGCACCGCGUGGUUCUUCACACCUUGACUGUCAGUUUCCGCUCCAACACCCCGAGCAACAGAGCAUGAACUCUGGCAUUGAUCCAUUCCUCCUCACCGCCUGCCACAGCUUUUCAACGCCUCCGCAGGCUUCACCAGAGACUCCAUGGUCGAGCAUCAAGAACAGCAUCUCUGAACGCAAUGGCAGCUGUAGAAAGAAAGAGGAGGAUGCUUUUUGGCAGGAAGGAAUACCUGCUGUGUUGCAAGAAGCGUCAAACCCAAACGCUUUACAAGAAUCUUUACAAUCCUUGUCCGAGUAA